AUGCUAGAUUUAUGUUUCAAUUAACCAAGAAAAGGAUGACUGUCUCCCUCGGUAAGGAAUCGGCACCGUGCUCAAAGUUUAAGCGCAGCGACAUCGUGAAUACGGGCUAAUGCGCAAGAUGCGCAGGAAUCUGUCGUAAAAUACGUCCUGGGCUCUGUACUCCGGCGUGAAAGUAGAGAAUACGAGUCCGAGCGUCUCAGCUGAUCGCAUUGGAUAUUUUCUCCACCGCAACCGAGCUAAUGUUAGCUGCCCUGAGCGGAACCCUGGCACAGAUCGGGGGAAUCCAACGGACUUCCGACCGAGGCGACGCUAUCAUGCAGCUCAAAAAUGUACCUGAAUAAACGGAUGACAACACUGCGAGCAUCUGAAGGAAAACUUUCGAGUUCGGUGGGCUUGCAGUAAGGGCUCGUGCGGCUAACAGGGUCCCGAAGGCCGGCGCGAACCGAUGCGAGCUGCGGCUGGCAUGACUCGCAUGUCGCUGGUGCUGUCACGAAUGCGGCCGAACUGCAUCGAUUGAAAGCCGUUCUGACUGCGUCGAUCGGGGGUCUGGCUGUCUGUACGCUCGUGUUAACGGACAAAUAUAAUCCGGGGUGCAUUGACUCGUUCAUGAGGCGUGUAUGGGUCCUGCGUACUCAAAUUGCACACACCUUUAGAGGGAGACCUGAAUCUGUGCUGCGCUUUAGGGUGUAGUGCGGUGGUCCACAUAUAUUUGCCCAGCUUGACUGUCACACUCUUUUCAUGUAUGUAUGGAUGGAUUUGCGCAUGCUUUGACAGCGCGUGCAUCGUUGCAGUUGGCACAGUGCAUCCCAAGGAGGGGCUGUUACUCUAGGAAAUAUACAUUGGAGCCAUCGAAACGUUCAAUUCGCUCCGGUUGUUUCCCUACGAACAUUGCGUAAGGCCGCAGCGUACGCUACGUCUUUUUGAAGACGAUCGGGUGACAUUGCAGUCUCUCCAAGAGAGAGAGAGGGAGAGAUAUAUAACGCAAGCUCCUCUCUGUCAUUACGUCUGUCAAAAGGAAGGGAAGGUGGAGCAUUGUCCGUCGUACGUGCUGACGCAGUGGGAUUUCUACGUGUGGUCGGCAUUUCGCCCCGCCCUUCCCGCGGUGACGGUGAUGGGUCGGAAGCGGUGUGUCGGUGCAGAUUGUUCGAAGAUGGCGGCCGGGUGCUGCGGGGUGAAGAAGCAGAAGUUGUCGGGAUCCCCUGGGGCGGGGGGUCCCGGCGGGGCGGGAAGCGGGGUUGUCGGAACCGGACAUUGUGGAUCGGAAUUGGGCAUCGGGUCGUCGUCGACUGUUGUGUCCGGGAACGUGAAUCGGGUGAACGGCCUGGGGGGUCCAGGGGGUAGUAGUAGUAGCAACACCAAUGCUCUGUCCCCAACUCCAGGAGGCUACAACUCAACCGGCCUCUCCCCGAACCUCAGUCCCGGACCUGGCUCAGGGAGCGGGGCUAGGAAAAUGGUCGUUUCGGCGGAGAUGUGUUGCUUCUGUUUCGACGUGCUUUAUUGCCAUCUAUACGGAUACCAGCCUCCUCGAACACCCAGGUUUACAAACGACCCCUACCCACUGUUUGUCACUUGGAAAAUCGGCCGGGACAAGCGGUUGAGGGGUUGUAUAGGUACAUUUUCUGCCAUGAACCUGCACUCAGGACUCAGGGAGUACACCCUUACCAGUGCCCUUAAAGACAGCCGCUUUCCCCCCAUGACGAGGGACGAGCUGCCCCGCCUCUUCUGCUCAGUGUCUCUGCUUACCAACUUCGAGGAUGUUGGUGAUUAUCUAGACUGGGAGGUGGGUGUUCACGGCAUUAGGAUAGAAUUUUUUAAUGAAAAAGGAUCAAAGCGCACCGCCACCUACCUGCCAGAGGUUGCGAAGGAGCAAGGAUGGGACCACAUUCAGACCAUAGAUUCCUUACUUCGAAAGGGAGGUUACAAAGCUCCCAUCACAAAUGACUUCAGGAAGACUAUUAAGUUGACCAGGUACCGUAGUGAAAAGAUGACAAUGAGCUACGCAGAAUACAUCGCCCACCGGCAACACCAUCACUACCAGAACGGCAUCGGGCACCCUCUCCCACCGUACAACCAUUAUUCCUGACAGCGAGCCGCAUGACCAGUCACUGGACCUCUCCGCGGACCUCUUCCCGGGAGAGCCCGCCCCCUCGUGGUCUAGCUAUCUGUACUACUGUACCAUUUUAUGAUGAUAGUUUCCGUUGCCAUGUCGACAGUCAGAUGGCGGCAUGGCAGCGGGUGGCAAAUAAGCAUUAAGUGAUUUUGAAGCGAAACAAUUCAUUUAUUUCUCAUUUUUAUUCUUUGUAUUAAUUUAGUUUUUGCAGCGUAUAUAUUGACAUCAUAUAACCCCUUGUUUUUUUUUUUAAACGAGCAAAUAAACAAGUACUACGUUGUAUUUUUUUCCCCCAACAAAUUUCCUAAUCAGGUUUUUGAGUCUGUGGAUGGAAAUAAGUCAUAUUUACGAUGGGCUAGUCUUGAAGAUAGGAUUUUACAUACGCUUACGCUUUAGCGACUUGUCCUUUUAUCAUUUCUCAUUCGUUUGACGUUGUAUUACGUAGGCAACCGCAGGGAUAUCAUUUCCUCUCUGUGUGCGAUUUCCUUCCGUUGGGGUGAUUUCCGUGUUUUAUAACAAACGUUUUUUUUUUGUAUUGUUGUGGUUCGUUAGGUGCAGUGCGACCGAGUUGGAGCUGGUUACGUCAGUCACGUGUUUGUUUGUGUGUCACGUGCGCAAACGUGUCCAAAGUUUAAAACCACUAGAAUUGGCUAUUGGGUGCGCCUACAGAUUUUUCCUUAAUGCAAAGCAGUUCUGCGUUUAGAAUUGAAUUGAAUUGAAUUUACUCAACAGUCGGUUGCCAUUUUUUGUGUAGUGUUGCAAAACGAUCAUAUAAUCCAUUACAUCCAGUGGUGUGUCUUAUUUACGUUAACGUGUGCUGUAUAUCUAUAGUGUUUUCGUGAAAUGUUGCAAGUGCAGGUCUGUGUAUCAGAGUAAGGAGUAAACAAACAGUAUACAAUAUUUGACCGGUCAGAGAAAUGCUGCUGGACAUUUGCUAGUUAACCUAAGCGAUGGCGAGGUUUGUUGCCACAAAGGGUGUUUGAACUUUGUAUCUUAUUUCAUCACACAGAGAGGAAAACCUUCAUGUCAAACGACAGGGAUGAUCUAUAAAAAAACCAACACUCUCUUUUAAUGCACAACUAUUUUUAAUUGUUUUUCUGCUUACCCGUUUACUCUCAGGAGGAUUCUUUGGAAAGCUUAUUUAAUUUUUAAACUUUUUUUAUGCAAGAAUCAGACGUUAGCACGGCAUCAUCAUGCUCAACAUGAACAAUGUUUACGAUGGAGAAAAUCGCUGAUGUAACCUCAAGUCGAGCAGAUAAAGCUGCUGUGGUGACCGCUGAACUCCUUAAGGUCUUAUAAUGAAGCUUUGAAUAAUAUUCAGUCUGUUCGGCCAUUUUAUUUUGGGUGACUCCCAUAUUCCAAGAUAUAAAAACUGGACUGAGAUGAUCUUGUUUGAUUUUCUGUUUUGUAGAUGAAUAUAACAUCGCGCUGACUGUAGGUUAAGUGUACUAGCUUUCUUUAGUGAGGAAUGAAGAGGCAUCAGAGAAGUCUUUAUUUUCAUAUGCAAAAUGUUAAGGGCUUUCGAGGUUCCAUCCACAGUCGUACCCUUGCUCACUAAAAUAAAAAAAAACCUGAUUUCAGUUGUGUUGCCUUAAAAAAUGGUUACUACAUGGACCACGAAAUGUCGCCCUGAGGGCCUAACUGUUGACUUUAACAUUUGCAAAAAGGAUUCAUUUUAGUUUCCAAACCACAUUGAUUUUUAUUUCCCAUUUCCUUCAAGCGAAGUCCACUUUUGACUUUUUCCGAACGGUUUCAUCUCGAAUGGCACGUACCACUAAGUAGGUCAGUUAUGAAAAGCGUUUGCCGUUUUUAUCGUAUCAUCCUACGGUUGACCAAUCAUGGCCUCGUUUUGUGGUCCAUAAAAAAAUAAAUAACUGAACAGCACAAACUGAGUAAUUUUCUGCUGCAAAACCAAGUCUUUGCAUCCGUGCGAGAAAACUAAUGUAUACACAUUCGCAAUACAUUUGUUGCAUGAAUAAGGGGUCUUUUCUCCCGUUAAAACAUGGCAUGCUUGUUUCACUGCUAUAUAGAUAUAUGAGAAAAAGACUACAUAAAAUGGUGCUAUCGGACCUCGUGUCGGGGGUGGUCGCAGUAAAUGCGACUGGUCAUGCGGACUCAUUGUUCAUAUCAGACUUUAUUAUUGUUAUCCUCGAUAUAUGCAGAUCUGUUUUACAGGUGUUUUUCUUUUCAUACCAGUGUAACAAUCUCCUGCAGGUUUGAAAGGACAAGUAGUCACGAGUCUAACCCCAACCUUCCCUCAUGGCCGGGGGGAUACGGGCAUAUGCUUAUCAUCUCAUCUGUUGUACAUCUGCACAUUUACACUAUACAAAAUAACCUUGGAGUUUCGCUCCGUAUACGUCUACCAAAUUAGUAGUUCAAGAGGGAAGUUGACGCCUAAAUACGGCCGCGUUCUCUUUAAAUAUCAGUUUGUGAAAUAGCUACAGAUUAAUACUUGAACAGGAAUUAUUACCGAUUCUCAUAGGUCACUAUGAGGAUAUCGACUGACUUUUGGGAUACCUGGCAUCUUUGAGAAAACGAGGGGAGUAAAUGCACAUUUAAACACUGUAGAAAUAUACUUCAGUCAUUUAUGGGGCCAGGAAUGGCUAAUUUUUGGGAUGGACUCUCUCUCUCUGGCUUGCAUCAAAGGAGUGUGGUCCUGAAAGCAUGUUUUAGUAUUAGUUAAGCCAUUUAUUAUAUGACCCAUCUUGUUAUUUGCAAUGUAAUUUAGUAUUUGGUAAUAAUAACAACAACUACUACGCAUUUUAGGCAUAAGCGUCAGGUUCCAACACAAAGAUUCGAGCUUCGCACUUCCCAUCAAACCCAUAUUCGUUUGGAUUGUGUUGCUCAUGUUACUUUUGUGUGUUCAACCGAACCAAAGAUGCCUCCAGCCAUGUCCAAAUGCUGCUCUACAGACCUGCCUUCCUGUCCUUCCAAAACCUUUCCUGCAAGAGAUGUUUUGUUUUAAUUUCUGUGUAUGUUUCCUGUUUUUUUUUUCUCUUCAUUUUGUACAAUUUCUAAUGUUUUAGGUUUUUAGCAACCGAAGUCAAUGAAUUUUCAUUGUAGCCGUCUUUGAGACCUCACACGGUAUCAAUGACCAUAAUACUAGGUUGCAAUUUUUAUUAUUUUUUUGUUUUUCAUCAUUAUUAUAUAUUUUUGUAAAGAAAGAAAACCCCAUAGCGUGCCUCUUAGAUUUAUGGGUUUCUUAAUGAGUUUUUCCUAAGACCAGCAGUUAUACUUUAUACAAAAGAUGCGUUAAUCCUUAUUUUUAAAUGCCAUUUAAGGAGAAAAAAAGCCUCUUUUCUUUACUCUGGACCCAGUAGCUGCACUGGCAUACAAUCGCACUGAUAGAUAUAUAUAUUAAAAAAAAAAAAAAAACGUAUAAAUAAUAAUAAUAAUGAUGAUGAUGAUGAAAAUAAUAAAUGUAAGAACUACAAUAAACUUGUUUGAAGAUCUUUUUGUAACAAAAUACAAAAAAAAUGGCAAAAAAGUAAACACAAUGACUGUUUUUGUACAUCGAGUUGAUUCUUAAAAAACAAACACAAUUUUUGGACCUAGUUUCUAAAUUAUUUUAGUGGUUUUCUAUGUUCUGGAACUUUGAGCAGGUGAGUUUUAAACGUGCCCUGUAAUGAUGGACGGCUCACAGCGUUGUCGGUUCGGGCGCUGGGGUUGCCUGGCGUAGCCCCCAUGCACACCCACCACUGUUUUAUUGUAUUAUCCGUUUUGAGGUUGAAUUCUUUUUGCUUUAAAGACUUGAAAUUGUUAAAGUAACAACUGGGUGAAAAUGACUAUAUUAAACAGAAACUGAGAAAAUAAAUAAAUAAAUAAACACAAAUCCCCUGUAGAAGUAGAUCCUAUACUCCAUUGAAUUGCUGUUAGUGUGACGAGACUUGAAAUGGGCAUUUAUGAAUUCUGAUAGUAUGGCUAAAAAAAAGACAAAAA